GUUCCGCUUUGCGUUUCGCGUGUUUGUAGGAUUAUUAAGCGAGCUCCCUCUCCCUGUCAAAAGCGUACCAGACACGUUUUCUAACUUCUCUUGGUGAGACUGAGAAAUUGAACAAUAGUACUUCCUGAAACUCACAUCAAGAAGGAAAAUGUCAGUGACACUGCAUACAGAUGUAGGUGAUAUUAAAAUUGAAGUAUUCUGUGAGAGAACACCCAAAACUUGUGAGAAUUUCUUGGCUCUUUGUGCCAGUAAUUACUACAAUGGCUGUAUAUUUCAUAGAAAUAUCAAGGGUUUCAUGGUUCAAACAGGAGAUCCGACAGGUACUGGAAGAGGAGGUAACAGUAUCUGGGGCAAGAAAUUUGAGGAUGAAUAUAGUGAAUAUCUUAAGCACAAUGUUAGGGGUGUUGUAUCAAUGGCUAAUAAUGGCCCAAACACCAAUGGAUCUCAGUUCUUCAUCACCUAUGGCAAGCAGCCACAUUUGGACAUGAAAUAUACAGUAUUUGGAAAGGUAAUAGAUGGUCUAGAAACUCUAGAUGAAUUGGAGAAGUUACCAGUAAAUGAGAAGACCUACCGGCCUCUUAAUGAUGUACACAUUAAGGACAUAACUAUUCAUGCCAAUCCAUUUGCACAAUAGCUAUAAUAGACCUGGAAAAAUAUUUGGCAGACUAUUUAAGGAACACACCUAUUGUAGUUUACCCAGUUUUAAUUAUGUCAAAAGAUUACAUCAUCCUUCUGCUUGUUUAUAGCUAAGAUCUUAUUUAAGUUUAAUUUUCUAAAAACUCUUCUAAUUUUUGGUUACAUACAAGCAUUCAUUUUUUUUUUUUUAAGAUUUUAUUUAUUUAUUCAUGAAAGGCAGAGACACAGACAGAAGGAGAAGCAGGCUCCAUGCAGGGAGCCCGACGUGGGACUGGAUCCCAGGACUCCAGGAUCAUGCCCUGGGCAGAAGGUGGAGCUAAACCGUUGAGCCACCCCAGCUGCCCACAAACAUUCAUUUUUAAAUGCUGAGCCUCAAAUCCUGGCAUACUUUUUUUUUUUUUAAGAUUUUAUUUAUUUAUUUAUUCAUGAGACAGAGAGAGAGAGAGAGAGGCAGAGACACAGGCAGAGGGAGAAGCAGGCUCCAUGCAGGGAGCCCGACGUGGGACUCGAUCCCAGGUCUCCAGGAUCAGGCCCCAGGCUGAAGGCGGCGCUAAACUGCUGAGCCACCUGGGCUGCCCAAAUCCUGGCAUUUUUGAGCACUAUACAUAUUCCUGCCAUAUCUAGUCCACGUCCUAGAGGUAGUCUUUUCCAUUAAUUAUUCACUUUGAGCAGUUAGAGUAAGGACAAGAUAGAGAUGAUCUAGAAAAGCCAGCCAGCCAAUCCCUUUGCUAUUUUCUGUGGUCUUUAGAUUACAGUAAAGGCUCAGAGAAGUCCUAGAGUACAGUAAGCACUCAAUUUCCCAAUUCCUUUGUCCAUGGAACUUUUUUAAAGCGUAUCAUAUACAGUAUUGUAGGACAGAAUUCUACAGGUGAGCUGUUUGAAAAAUGCAACUAAUUGGCUAAGAGCACCAGUUGUAGAGUCCUGGAUUGUGUUUGAAUCACAGCUCUACCUCCUACUAGUAACUUUAGGCAGUUUACCAUCUCCCAGAUUUUCUUAUCCCUAAAGACUCCUCCCCUUCAUAAGACUAUUGUGAGGACUAAUGAAACAAUGUAAAGCUUCUGGCAUCUGAUAAGUGUUCUGUAGUGAGUAAACAGAAGCUGUUCUCUUAAUAUUUAUCUCCACCAUAAGGCUCUCACCUAAUCAGGCCUCAUCAUUUAUCAGGCUAUAUCAUUGAUCUCAUCAAAACCGUAUUCUUUGAUUUGCUUCCAUCACCUUGAUUAGAUUUUGGUAUUACUAAAACUGAUGUCAAGUAUUUCUUGGUUUGUAUCAUUUCUACAGAUAGCUGAUCUAGUAUUUUCUUUCUUAAUUAUAAUUUGGAUGUUAGCUUGUAAUAUUCUCUUAUUACCACCUAUACCUUCUAUUAAACUGAUGUGCCAAUUA